ACUACCGUGUGAGUGAUUUUGCUAAGUAUAUAAAGAUUCAUUCAAGAAAUUAAAAUGGACGAACUGGUUAUGUUGGAUUUGCUGGACGCCGAAGAGGAAGCAGAAGAAGUUGUCCGUGUUCAAAGACCCCGGGCUGACGCAAUUGCCAUUCUUAGCGAUGUCCAGUUUAAAAACAUGUUUCGUUUUCCCAAGGAACUGUUUAGGAUUAUUGUGGAGGUGUUGUCCCCCCAUAUGAGACCAACAAAUCGAGCUUCAGAUUUGGAGAUUCCCAUUCGUAUAUUGAUUGCAUUACGCUUUUUUGCUUCGGGAUCUUAUCAGAUGGAUGUAGGCUCCAACUUGUUCAUGUCUGUCUCCCAACCGACUGUAAGUCGAUGCAUCAGUGAAGUGAGCGAUGCUUUCAAUGUCCCAGCGAUUUUCAAUCGAUUUGUAAGAUUCCCUCAUAACUUCGAGGAACUGGACCGAGUACGAAUGGGUUUUUUCGAAAAGUACAACUUCCCUGGUGUUGUCGGCUGUAUAGAUUGUACUCACGUGGCAAUUGUGGCGCCCCCCGCGGAAGAUCCCGAUCGACCAGGACACUUGUACAUAAAUCGCAAAGGAUUUCAUUCGAUAAACGUUCAGCUCAUUUGCGAUUCAAAUCUUAAGAUAUUGAACGUAAAAGCAUCUCAUCCUGGAAGUACCCACGAUGCAUUCAUUUGGAAUAAUUCUAAUGUCCAAGAGGUAAUGCGUACCAUCCAUGCAGAGAGACGAGGAACCUAUUUUUUACUUGGAGAUAGUGGUUAA